AUUGGCACGAUGAUUCGCGUGGUGGCGGGGACGUAUGAAGGCUUGCUGUACGGUUGGGAGUGCCCCACUGUGGCUGCGGGCGAGCGCGCCAAAAUGAAGCUCACCUUCGGAUAUGCAGCACACUCGGAGUGCAUUAAGAGUGUGGCUCUUAUGGCCGCCAAGCAGGGAAAGACACUUCUGUCCGGUGGCAGUGACGAGAUGAUCAAGUGCGUUCGUUGGUCUUAGCUUGAUGGUAGUAUGGUCUGCAUCGAGCGAACGACAUGCUAAUAUGCUGCUGUGUUAUUGCACACAGAAUUUACAAUGUGGACAAGCGCGUGGAGGUCGGCAGCCUCAUGGAACAGCACGGAGCUAUCACUAGCCUCGAGUUCUUCGGUCAGAGCCACGUGCUCAGCGGCAGCGCCGACAAUUCCAUCUGCAUUUGGCGUACGUCAGACUGGAAUUGUCUGCAUAUUCUCGGUGGUCACAAGGGAGAGAUCAACUCGAUUGCGGUGCACCCUAGUGGAAAGCUGUGCUUCUCAGUGGCACGCGACCGCACACUGCGCAUGUGGAACCUCGUAAAGGGUCGUAUUGCCUUCAUUCGCCGGCUAGAAAAGGAGGCAGAACUAGUCAUGAUCUCGCAGAAGGGCACGCACUACGCUCUCGGCUUUGGCAAGGACUUGUCAGUGUUCAACAUGAACGCAGAGCUGGUGGGUACAUUGGAGCACUCAAAGAAGAUUCACUGCGCUGCAUUCGCCACGGAUGAGUACGUCGUCUGCGGUGGUGACGACAAGCAUAUUUAUAUCUGGAAGACCAACGGAACGCUGGUUGGAAAGAUGACACACAAAGAUAUUGACGCCCGCAUCCGAUGCCUACAAGUUGUGUAUCCGCAUGGUGAAGACAAGCUGCCGUGGAUUGUGUUGGCUACUUCUGACGGCGCGUUCCAGAUCUGGGAUUUCGCCUCUUUCACUAUGGAUGAGUCGUCCCCCGAGGAGGCCAACAAGUCGGUGGAGCCGAUUGCCUCGACUGUACUUCUUACCAAACCUCGUGUCACCUGCCUGUCCGUGUGCGUUGCGAAUGAAAAGGUCGCUGUGGGAGCUACCGAAAGCGAGGAUGCGACUACGAAGACAAAGAAGACCAAGAAGAACAAGAAGGUUACGGACAAGAAACCCGCUGCUCCUGCUGCUGGUGUCCCGCACGUGGUUGUCGAGCUGGACGAUGGCGACAACAAGGCUGCAGAUGAAGAUGAAUCGUCCAAAAAGCGCAAAUCGACUGAUGAAACGCAGCGUAAAAACAAGAACAAGAAGAGAAAGCAAAAAAAGUCGAAGCAGUAGAGCUCGUGCGUGAGCUGGAGAAAAGUAAUAGAGAACAUUGCAACACGUUACUUGUAUCUC